AUGCCCAUCCUAAUCAACCCCAUAACAAAAGAACCGUACAUCCCCCUCCCCGCCCCCCAUUCAUCCAUCAUCAUCACCCCGGCGCGCCCACCAAACGCCGACGACUCCUCCGCCCUCCUCUCCCUCCUCAACAACCCCCAGAUCUACCCCUACCUCGAAUCCACCCCGGUCCCAUACCUCCCCGAACACGCCACCGCAUGGCUGCAGACCUCGCACGAACAAUCCACCGCCCUCCUGCACGCAGCGCAAACCAACCGCUUCGUCGACGGCUUGCCAUUCACCUGCAUCCGGGAGGUCACCAACGACAGUAACAGUGACGUCUACAUCGGCAACGUUGGACUAAUCCGGUACGCCUUCUACGAGUUCAAAAAGGGCACGCCGGAGCGCGAGGAGGCAGUCCGCAGGAACGAAGCGUUGAGGGUUGGUAGUCCGGAGAUUGUUUGGGGGUUUGGUGAUUAUCUCUCGCCGACACACCACGGCAAAGGUAUUAUGACGGCUGUGAUCAAGGCUGUGAUUGAGGAGUGGGCGGUCCCGCGGAUGAAUGCGCGGGUGAUCAAGGCGUCGGCGUAUGCGGAUAAUAGGGCUAGUAUGCGGGUGUUUGAGAAGAAUGGGUUUCGGCUGGAGUAUGAGUUGGAGGAUUGGGCGGUUGUGCCGCUGGAUCGCGGGGGAGGGGUGAAGUCGAUUGUUGUGUUGGUUUGGGAGGGGGCAGGGAAUGAGUCGGAGGGUCGGAUUGAUGAUACCCGGGCUACUGAUACUGAUAGGUGA